CAUGGCCCACGCUGUGCGGGCGCUGUGGCCCGGCGGGCGCGCUCUGACCUGGAGGCUGGGCGGUCGCCCCGCGCUGGGACUCCCCGCGCAGAGCCGGGCCGGCUUAACCGGGGCGGCGGGAGGCCCGGGCCCCGCCGCCACCACCCGCAAGGGGGGCCCACGGCUCCUGGGGGCGGCGGCGCUGGCCCUGGGAGGAGCCCUGGGGCUGUACCACACUGCGCGGUGGCACCUGCGCGCCCAGAACCUCCGUGCCGACCUCUCAGCCGCGCAGCUCUCCCUGUCCAGCCGCCUGCAGCUGACUCUGUACCAGUACAAAACGUGUCCCUUCUGCAGCAAGGUCCGCGCCUUCCUCGACUUCCACGCCCUGCCCUACCAGGUGGUGGAGGUGAACCCUGUGCGCAGGGCCGAGAUCAAGUUCUCCUCCUACAGGAAGGUGCCCAUCCUGUUGGCCCAGGAAGGAGACAGCUUGCAACAACUGAACGACUCCUCUGUCAUCAUCAGUGCCCUCAAGACCUACCUUGUGUCGGGGCAGCCCCUCGAAGACAUCAUCACCUACUAUCCACCCAUGAAGGCUGUGAACGACCAGGGCAAGGAGGUGACCGAAUUCUGCAACAAGUACUGGCUCAUGCUGGAUGAGAAGGAGGCCCAGCGGAUGUAUGGUGGGAAGGAGGCCAGGACGGAGGAGAUGAAGUGGCGGCGGUGGGCAGACGACUGGCUGGUGCACCUCAUCUCCCCCAAUGUGUACCGCACGCCGACCGAAGCCUUGGCCUCCUUUGACUACAUCGUCAAGGAGGGCAAUUUCGGGACCGUGGAGGGCGCCAUGGCCAAGUACGUGGGCGCAGCUGCCAUGUACCUCAUCAGCAAGCGGCUCAAGAGCAGGCACCACCUCCAGGAUGACGUGCGUGAGGAUCUCUACGAGGCCGCCAACAAGUGGGUGGCAGCUGUGGGCGAAGACCGGCCCUUCAUGGGGGGCCAGAAGCCGAACCUGGCUGACCUGUUUCUAGAGGCCGCAGCAUUCCUUGACUCGGGCGUCCUUCCUCCAUCUUCAAAGCCAGCGACCUCGGGCUGAGUCCUCGCCUGUCUCCCCGCCUCUGUCUCCCACAUGGAAGGAUCUUGUGACUACACUGGGUCCCCCUGGAUAAUCCAGGCAACCCUCCCUAUUUUAAGGUCAGCUGAUUAGCAACCUUAAUUUCACCUGUGACCUUAACUAGCCUUUGCCAUGCCACCUAAUUCACAGGUGGAUUAGGGGAUUAGGACGUGGCUGUCUUUGGGAGGGGGUAUAAUUCUGCUUCCCACACCACAGAGCGUUUGGAUGGGUUUUAUCCGAUUAGUAACUAUUCAUUAAGCAUGUAGUGGGUGCCGGGCACCUACCGGGAACAGCAGUGAGAAAGCCAGCAAGUACUCCCACCCUCUAGUUAGCGGGGAGAAGUGCAAGGGAGAAAAACAGACGGGGUGGAACAGGACUGCCGUUGGAAGUAGGGUGGCCAGCGACAGCCUCUGUGAGAAAGUGACAUUCAAUUAAAGACUGGAAGGAAGGAUGAAGGAACAAAGGAGGGAGGUUGGCUUGGUGACAUAUCAAGUGUCACCCACCUCAGAACACCUCCCAAAAUUAACUUCUGUGCUGGGGAAGCCCCACUCCCAGCUGGAAGGAACUGAGGACCUGGGAACCUGGGACCCGGCCACCGUCCCAAGGAGAAGCCUGGACGGGGGCGGGGGGAGGGGGACGACCAACUUGACAAGACCCAACCAAUGGUUGGGAAAUGGUUUAUGCCCGUUACCCUGGUAACAAGCUGACGCAAGUGGCAUAUUGGUUUCCUACGGCUGCCGCAACAAAUCACCAUGAACUUGGAUGGCCGAAAACAAUAGAAAUGAAUUCUCUCACAGUUCAGGAGGCCAGAAGCCAGAAACCCAGGUGCCAGCGUUGGUUCCUUCCGGAGGGUCUGAGGGAGAAAUCGUUCCUGCCUCUCCCCUCGCUUCGGGUGGCUGCCUGCGAUCCUUUUUUU